AUAAAUAAAUAUGGAUAUCUGAGACAUGAAGUGCCUUUAAUGUAUAACGGAAAACACCACGUAUCCGGUAAGCAAAUUCAGAGUAUUUCAAAUCAUUUUUUAAUGAGAAACACAGACGGAUAUUGUGAAAAUGGUUGUACAAUAUAAAUCAGGUUAUCUGUUAUUUCUACUCAGUGGAAUUAUAUCAGUUGCUAGAGGAUCCAUUUGUGAAACUAAUAGAGAUUCACGGACACUUAUACAAGGUGUGGACUCCAAUGUAGUCAACAAAUUUUUGCAGCUACUUCAUCAAACAAAUACAUUUAAUUUCCAAGGUGACAACAUCAAUCACGCGAAUGGUUGUCGGAGGGAAAUGCAAAGAUUCGUUCACAAAAAAGGACAUUUCGACAAAGCAACCGAUAAAACGUGGAUUCUUGAUUGCUGGGAACCUGUAGAAUGUGUUUUAGUUGAUGGAGAACUGCAUGGAAUGUAUACAAUAGAAGUAGUUCCGAGCACACGACUAAACACUUUAUUCGGCACGAACGCUAAAGCUGUUCUUCUUCCUUUAGAUGAACGCAACUCCAUAUCAUAUACGUUUUUGCCAUUUGUACAACAGAGAAGCUCUUUAUUUGUUACAGCCUUGCUUUCUGGGUGCAGUGUUUUUGUUGCAACCGCUGGUAAUGAGAAUUGUAAUAUAAUCGUUAUGCAUGCUAACCGGUUUUGUAGCCGCAAUGAGCCCAAAGAUGACGAUGAUAAUCAUAAGCAGGCUAUGUUUGUUCUGGAACAAGUAAAUUUAUUAAACGAACAAUGCAACUACCAGAUCCAACGCAGAUGGUCAAGUGACCAUAAACGCAAUAACAUUAAGCGUCAUGACUACCAUUACCCAGUUGUGUAUUAUAGAGUAAAUGCUGGUUACAAUUUUAUUUAUGGUUACAAUUUAGGUGGGCUACACAGUAGAUGGCACUUUUGUGUGAAGGAAUUACAUCCAAGUCCUCAGCCGGAGAGAUGUAACCAAAUUUCCUAAAGGCUUAUCACACUAUAAAUGUAACGGGUUAAAUUAGGAAAUAGAUAUCAAUUCUGAGUGCAUUGUUGUAGAAUAAUGCACGAUUUGAGUUCAAAUGCGUAGUAAUAUAAUCACGAAGGCCGAUAGGCCUGAGUGAUUAAUUACAAAGCAUUUGAACGAAAAACGUGCAUUGAAUUAAUAUCUAUUUCCAUUCUAACACGUCAAGAAAAAAUAUAAUUAUUAUUCUCACGUGAUUUUGUCAAUAUAGACAAAGAAGGAAAAAAACUGGUGUUAAACUGUCAAUAAACACCGGUACGGGACUACUUGUACAUGCGCUAUUAUGUUUUCACCCUCGAUUAUAUAGUUUAUAAAGCAUUUUAAAGCAACAAUAAAAAGCAUUUUCAUUUAUAUUUUCAGUUCGUAUAAUGUUUUCUUUCCAUACAAUACCGAAAUAAUAUCUCACAUACACUAACGCCAUAUAUUAGAUCCAUAUAAGUUAAUAAAUAUUUUGACAAAACGGCGCCAAUCCGUAAGCAGCGUAAUGACGUCAUCCUAAGUAAACAACUCAUUCAUAAACAAGCUGUCGUGUUUAUUUCAUACAUACAGGAAUGAUAAAUGGGGUACUGAUGUAAACACAAUACGACGUAAGUUUUUAAUGUUCAAAACUUGAUAAAAUAACGUUUUUUUUCUUAUUAUUUCUUUUGUUUAAUAAUUUAUAUAUCUUCGCAACAGUAGGAUGCGAAAAUCGAACAGCGUUAUACGAAAAUCGGCGAAAAUCGUUUUGAUGCGUCAAUUCCUACGCAUCAAAACUCCAAACCGGUGUUAAAUAGCCGAUAUACACCUCUCAGGACGAUGUUAUUUCUUAAUUAUAAAGUUGGACUUUUUGUUUGGUGGUUAAAUUUGUUCUCGCCUCAGAGUUUCCCAUAGAAACGUUCUUUAAAGGCUGUUCCAGUGGGUUUAAAAAAAACUGUCGUUAAAUCUUCCGUGUGUAGAAACAUUUUGAGAAUAACGAAUUUUGAAAACGUUGACGAAACUUUGUUUGUUUAUUUUAUUUCACACUAUAAUUUUUUAAGCGAAACAAAAAGUUUGAAAGUGAAAUAAAUGUAAAACUUAACUCGUUUGCGACAUUAAAAUAGCGUACUUGAUUUGAUUGUUUUGCACGUGCUGUUUGGCGCUACAUUGUGACGUCGCGUAAACAAUACUGUAC